AUGGCGCCGCAAAAACAAGCAACUAAGCUAAAACAUGUCGCCCCGGCGCCCAUCCAGCUUACUGAAGGCGUCAGCUCGCAUGACCACGUGACGGACGCCUCGCACAUCACCGAUGUGAUGGUCGGAGAGUGGCACCUUAUCUCGGGAGACGGGCUCUCGGGACUGUACGUUGUGUGGUCUAUUAGGGUGGUCAUUGAUAACGCUCUACACUCGCUGAUUCUUCUAUAUAAGCGGUAUAGUGAUAUCGAAAAGCUCCGAAACGCCCUCACGAAGGCCUAUAAGGACGACGUUUUCCCGGUGCUUCCCCCAAAGGAUACUUUCAGUUUGCUGCGCGCAUGGCAGCUGGAGAGCUGGCUCGAGCAUAGAAGAAAGGGCCUCCAGUGGUUCUUGACAAACACGCUCCUCAACCCAAAAUAUCAGCACGAUCCCAUCAUCACUGAUUUCGUCCUCAAGUAG